AUGAAGCAGCAGGUCACAAACCUCCACUUCUUCUUCCACGACAUCGCUGGCGGCGACAACCCGACCGUCGUCCACGUCGCCGCUCCCAAAAACCUCAGCAGCCUGGUCAAGGAGCCGUCGUUCGGGACCGUCUACGCCAUCGACGACCCUCUCACGGAGGGCCCCGAGGCGGACUCCACGGCCGUCGGGAGCGCGCAGGGCUUCUACAUCUCGUCGGGGCAGGACGCGCCGAUGCUGGUUUUUACGACGGACUACGGCUUCGCUCCUUCAGCGUGUUCUCAACGAAACCGGUGA